AUGAAUCGGACGCUCCAGGUACUGCAGAGGUACAAUCCGACACAGCUGCUCCGCACAGGGCAUGACGCUUCCAAACAGAGUGUCUUUUCAUUGGGGAAGAGGCUGACCGAUGCGUUGGAACUGUAUCCUGUCAACCUCGUCCUGACCAACAGGACACGUGCACACGGGUACAACUUGAACAGAAUAGCGCAAGACAUCUACACGGUGAACAGCAGUGGCUGCAUGGGGGACGUCAACGAUCUUCCGACGCUGGUUGAUUACAAUGUCAUUGACGGCGAUUCGAACGCACUGCUAUUGGAGGCGUUCAAGGAACAGUACACUUGCAUUGACAUUGAGAUGGGGAAGUUGCUCGUGGUAUCGCUGUCGGAGAGAGAAAUGACGCAGAGCACCUCUUUCUUGGAGAGGCUGUGUCGAGACUACAAGGACGCAUAUACUAUGAAAGCGUGUAUUUUGAAUACCCACUGCUAUCCCUUCUUGAAAGAGGUGUCCAAGGACUCCAAGGACACUUUGAGUAGCAACAUGUAUCAGAUCGCCAAGGCCGGGCUGGUCUGUGUCCACAGACAUCCAAACGGUUCGCUGAUUUUGACCCAAAAGUAG